AGGGAAAGCCAAUCCGGAACGAGGGGCGGGGACGCGCGCCCGGAAGCCGACUCUCGACCGCGAUGUCUUCUGGGAGUUGUAGUGCGGCGCAGACGCGCCAGGGCGUGCACUCCCUCGUGAGUUCCCUUCACUGGCUGACUAUGUAAAAACAAGGGUUCGUUUUCCGGGUGUGUGUGUACCUCACCCAGUAACCGGUGAAAUUUUCGAAAAUUAAUACCAAGUUGUAAGUGGUGAAUAUUUUCAGAUGGCGACUUAACACCAUUCUAGUGAAACCUGUUUUGGUCUUUUCUGAUAAAUUCAUGGAGGAAGCACUGAAGUUUAGAAAUCACUACAGAAACUGUCAUCCACAGAAAGAAAAUUGAUUUCCCAGGGAAAAAAAGCUUUUAACAAUUAAAACAACUGGAAAAAAGCGUUUGAAUUACUUAAGUCUCCGUGAUAUGGUUGAAAUUGAUUCAGAUGUACUUUUUUGGAGUUGCGGAGUUUAGCCUCAGACUAAUGCAGAACUACAGAAAUACAACUAGAUUACAAUUGUUUUUUUCCACAGAAAUCUUCUUAAAGGUUCUAAUUCCUUUUGUACAAAUACUAGGAUGAAGACUUCAAUAGCUGCUUAUUGAAAUUUCUCUAUCUGGCAGAGUAUAUUACAUUGUUUUCAACAAAUUACCAACAUUUUCAAUAUCUCUGGAACCUUUCUGUUAUAAGAAGAAAUUAUUUCUCUUUUAAUGAUGAAUGAGAAGUGGAAUAAAGCUACAAGAUAAAUAACUAGAAACAUUUAUUUUCAUGUACCUAUGAUUGUGUAAUAAUGUCAAUGAUUUUUUCCACAAUUCAGGUUCCCAGUGCCGAUUCCGACACUGCGAAGAGGCCCUUGGCAGUGACACUGUGUGCUCAUUAUGGAGAGAGAAAAAAUGUUUAGAUCCACUUUGCAGAUUUAGACACAUGGAAAUGCAGCAAAACUGUAGCAUUUCAUGCUUCUGGGAAACUCAACCUCUUGGUUGUGUGAAGAUCAGUUGUAUCUUUUAUCACAGCAAACCUCGGAAUAUCAAUGGAUUGUUUUUGCCACCAAGUAGCAAUACCACUUUGCAGAAAGACAGUCAGGAAGGAAUUCCAUCUCCGAGCCAGAGUCAGGAGCCUUUGAAACCUCAGGAGAAUAUAUCACGACCCAUUCACCAUCCUUUAGUUUUAAAAACGAACUUUGAGGACGAAGAGGAGGACGAAGAGGAACAAAAAGAUUAUUUCGAUUUGGGACAAUAUAAUUUAAAAAAAAUAUGUCCUAUAGAUGCUUCUAGUUUGUGGACAAAGACUCCUGAAGAGAUUGAAGAGAAAAGAGUAAUAAAGGAGAUGUGCUAUAAAUCUGGCGAAUACUAUAGAUUUCAUACUCCUGCAGAUACUUCAUCAUCAAAAAGCACAGCUCCUGCAGUAGAAAAAGAGCUAGAAAAGCCUUUGGAAAAUGGCAGCGAAUUGCAAGAAGGAGAUGGACUUACAAUUACAACAAAAUUUAGCCUCACUGAAAGGCAAAGUGAAACAAAAAUAUCAUUGGAUGGGAAACCAAGGACUGACAUUGCUGCUUUUGAAAAUGGAGGAGGUGACUGCUCUGUUCCACAAAGGAUUGUAUUUCUUGAAAUAGAUGAAAACAAAGGUAUAACUGAAGAAAAAGGGAUCAUCAUGUCAAAAUGCCCAAAUACCAAAGAUAACAAGGACAGUCCUCAUCCAAAGCAUUCCUUACCUACCCGACUAUUACCUACCACUCAUGUAUUAAAUGCUACCGAGAAUAUCAGUAUGAAGUCCAGAGAGGACACCUCUUCAAUGAAUGAUGUCCAGCCAGUGAAGAAGCCUCAUUUUAAAGGUGUGAAAAAAAGAAAAUGGAUUUAUGAUGAACCAAAGAACUUUUCUGGCUCUGGAAUGAGGAGAGUACAAACCCCAAAUCCAAAAAAUAAGAUGAAUUACCAUCAUCAUAAUAAAAACAGAAACGCCGAGAACGCAUCCUAUCUCCAUGUCCGAAGAGAGGCCGUCAGGACCGUCCCGCUGAGUGCACCGCCCUGCAGCAGACCUGCCAAUGGGUCCUGCCAUAAAGCCGACGUUCACAAGGACCCCAAAAUCAACGUCUGUCCAGACAAAUACGUGUCAACAUCAUAUAAUGGAUCCGCCUGGAGAAAAAGAAUUCCUUUUUCAAAAACAUAUUCAAAAACUGAAAAGAUAUAUCCAGAGCCAAGAAGAAAUGGGAGCAAAUAAACUUGGAGGUUGAGAGAAGAGAAAAGUGAGAAAAGAGAAAAGUGCCAGCCAUCAUCUGAUUUACAAUCAAAAAUGAAAAUUCAAAGAAUGAGAUAUUCAAGUAUUCCAUACUGUAUACUGGAUAGCAAAGAUGAUAAAAUGCAAAUUCUGAAAAUAAGAUGCAGGAGGUACAUUGUGCUCUUUCAAAACUGAUAAAAAUGCAAAUUACAAACAGCUGCCUGUGUACUUAUGUAAGUCUGGAAUUCAUUCAAUGCAU